CUUAUCUCUUUCCGGGGGCAGAAACGGAGGAAGUCUCCUUGGGUUAAUUCGCUUCUGCAUGGGGCUCAAAGGUAGUUAAUAAUGGAGUGAGUGUGAGUUGGCAGCCCCCUCUUCCGCUCUUCUCCGGCGAUAGUUACGAUUUCCAUCCUUCGUGUGUUUCCUAUCAAGCAACCGAGAGACCGCUGGAGGGCCGGAUGAGAUAACUAACUAGUCAUUCCCUUGCCAUCACUGUUUUUUUACAGUCUGCCGAAAAGUCACUCGUUCCAGUCCUUUGUUCUCGAUCGUCAUCGAUCGCCAGAUCUUCUCCCCACACUCGUGCAAGAAAUCCUGCCACUCUUCGAGCUAUUAAUAGCUUUUGCGUGUUUUCGUUUCAAGAAGGACAAGAAGGGAAACAAUCAUUUCACUGUCAUUUCUUUUUCACUAACAUUCUCUUCUAUUCCGCCGCGACCAGUCAUUUUUACGGCCUUACCACGCCCGCACUCCCAUCAGAAAAUCCGCCCUUCCACCACUUCGCAGCGUACCAAACAGUCAGACAGAAAUAGGCCCCUGGCAAUGUUGAUCUGAUGUGUUGAACUGAAUGUGCAAUUUGGUAUUGCUUCACGGACGGCGAACAUUCAGCUAGGGCGCUGCGAAGCGGAUUAGGACUGUUCUCGGAGAUGGAGAGAAUAAUUUCCAGGCAGGACCCUGGCGGUUCCUCUCCUACGGACAAAUUUUUGGAGUUGCUCCAGGACCCUUUCCAGUCGGCGUUCCAAGAACGUGCGUUCUGGGCUUCUUUAGGAACGUCGCUGGGUGUUACGUUUGGCCUUGCGCUUCUCUUCUCUCUCUUUCGGCCUCGAAACUCGGUGGUUUAUGCGCCAAAGUUGAAACAUGCUGACCGGAAGCAUGCGCCUCCGCCUUUGGGAAAGGGGAUGUUCGCUUGGAUAACGCCGAUUAUAAAAACCAAGGAGGGUGAGAUGCUGGAUAAAGUCGGGCUGGAUGCGACGGUAUUUCUGCGGUUUACUCGGAUGUGCCGAAACAUUUUCCUUGUGCUGAGCUUGAUCGGAUGCGCGGUCAUGAUUCCCAUCAACGUUACCGGAAGUGGUGGUCACAACAUAAAAGGGCUGUCAACCUUCACGACAAUGACACCGAUGUAUGUGACUGAUCAGAAAGUCCUUUGGGGUCAUAUUGCCUGUGCCUGGGGCAUCGAUGCCAUCGCUGCGUAUUUCCUUUGGCACAACUACCGAGCAAUGUGCAGAUUAAGAAGACAAUACUUUAUGAGCACGGACUUCCAACAGAGCUUGCAUGCGAGAACGGUCAUGGUGACCCAUAUUCCUGCGGCGUAUAGGACCGAUGAAGGGUUGCUACGUUUGACAGAUCAAGUGAACCCGACGGCUUCCAUACCUCGAGCGUCAAUCGGUCGAAAUGUGAAAGAGCUUCCGGAUUUGAUCAAUGAGCACGAAAGAGUGGUGAAAGAGCUUGAGGAAAUCCUGGCAAAAUAUUUCAAGAAUCCCGAUCGACUCCCACCGAAACGCCCCACUUGCAAGCCGAUAAAGGGUUUCAGAGGGGAGAAUACUCCUGAGAAAGUCGACGCUAUCGACUACUAUACGGUUCGAAUUCGAACGCUGGAGGCGGAAAUUAGACAUGUUAGGGAGUCGAUCGAUAAACGAAACGCUAUGUCAUACGGUUUUGCUAGCUGGGAGUCCAUUGAAAAUGCCCACGUGGUGGCCUUCGCCGCGAGGAAGAAACAUCCGCAGGGAACCAAUAUCACAUUGGCCCCAAGGCCUAAUGACAUUAUCUGGGAAAAUUUGGCUCUGAGUAAGGCAGAUCUGCGGAGAAAACGGUUUAUGAACAUUGUUUGGUCGACAAUCUUGACGGUUGUUUGGAUUGCACCUAACGCCAUGAUCGCCCUCUUCUUGGCCGAUCUAUCUCACCUAGGUUUGGUCUGGCCAGCUUUUAGAAGAUCCCUAGAUAAGAAUCCCAAGGUCUGGUCGGCUAUCCAGGGUAUAGCAUCCCCUGCCAUCACAUCUUUAGUCUACCUCGUUCUUCCUAUUAUAUUCCGGCGCCUUGCAACCCGUGCUGGAAAGUCUACCAAAAGUGCUAGAGAGCGCCAUGUUCUUCAUAGUUUAUAUGCCUUCUUUAUAUUCAACAACCUGAUCGUCUUUUCGGUAUUUUCUGCGAUAUGGGCGUUUGUGGCCACUGUUAUUCAGGAAGCGAAGAAUAACAAGGACGCCUGGGAAGCCAUCUCUUCUGGAGCCUUUUACGUAAACGUCAUGACGGCGUUAUGCAAGGUGUCACCGUUUUGGGUGACCUGGCUGCUUCAGAGAAAUUUGGGUGCUGCAGUUGACCUCAUGCAACUCAUCAAUAUGGUAUGGACGUUUAUUGCCAGGAGGUUCCUUAGCCCUACACCGAGAAGGGCCAUUGAAUGGACCGCCCCCCCUCCAUUCGAUUAUGCCAGUUAUUUCAAUUACUUCUUGUUCUACACGACAAUCGCGUUUUGUUUUGCAUCCUUGCAACCUAUUGUGCUUCCUGUCACGGCUCUCUACUUUGCAGUGGAUUCGUGGCUGAAAAAGUAUCUCCUGCUAUAUGUUUUCAUUACCAAAACGGAAUCGGGAGGUCGUUUCUGGCGUGCCAUUUUCAACCGCAUGAUAUUUGCCCUUAUACUCGCCAACUUCAUCCUUGGAUUGGUGGUCAAGGCGAAAGGCUCGUGGAACAUGGUUUUCGCGCUGGUUCCGCUUCCACUAUUAUUACUAGGGUUCAAAUGGUAUUGCAGGAAUACAUUCGAUGACGAGCUAUUGUAUUAUCAUCGCGCGAUCCUGUCAGAUCCAGAAUCUUCGGCCGAUGGCAAAACAGGGAAGAAGGCUGCGGAGCGCUUAAGCUCGAGGUUUGGCCAUCCUGCACUUUACAAACCUCUUACGACGCCUAUGGUCCAUGCAAAGGCCGCCGAUGCGCUCGAGAAACUGUUUCAGGAUCGCCAAGGACUAAACGCUAGCACUAGCGAUUAUUCCGAUAUUGCAAUGCAUAGGAUGUCCGCAACUGAACCCGGAAAAACUUCAGAGAACCAUGAAGCGCCGUUUGAGGUUGUGGCGGAGAAUCAAUUGGAUUUCUCCUACUUCAAAGACCGCCCUGAUUUCCGGGAAGAAUUCGGUGGCGGUAUCUAUGGAAGGCCGGAUGACCUGAUAACUGAGCGGUCUCAUACGCCGAAGAGCUUCUUUACCGGGAAUGGAUCCCCAGCAUCCUCUCGACCAAGUUCACCUGCGCCAUCAAACCGUUCCGUGACCUUCAAUGGGCCUCACGGACGCUACCCGAACAUAUCAGACCACCCAGCGUUCCAGUCCACGGACUUGGGUGCGUCUACAUUUUACAAGCAAUCCAACGAAAGCGAAAGAAACCUCCUGAAUAACUCUCAAGGACAACCAAUGCGGAAUUCGACAGACGUCGUUGAUAGGUGGCCGUCGGAAGGAUCGACAGCAUACACUCCAUACCGCAGUCCGUCCCCGUACGAGCCAUAUCGGUCUCGCUAGCGGGCUUGCUUCUUUCAUUCUCUCUGUAAGUUUUGGAACUAUAUGCAUUUUUCGGGAAAUAUGGACGGUGGAGUCAUAGAUACAGGAUGCUUAUAAGUAUAUACCUUGCUGUAAACGGGUGCUGCUUUUUUGUGUAUAGCGCUUCUUGUGGGGAAUAUUCGUUGGAAAUGUGCCUCUUUUGAUUUUAGACGAAUAAAUAUACAUGUGUGCUAGGACAGCGCAUACUUUAUUCUCUUUUACUUGUCUUCCAGUAAAUAGACUUGGAAUAUAUCUG